CCGUCCAUCUGCGAGACGCUGCAAUGCCCUCAGCGAUACAAAUCAGUCCGACACUCGAGUCGCUACAGGCACUCUUUCCUCUUGCGUUCCCUAUACCCAAACCGACAACCCACCCAGACCUUGUCUCAACAAAAGACUUGCACCGGGAGGAAGACCUCCUCCGCAAUCCGAACUCUUUCAGGACUUGGUGGUCCGCCAUCCAGAAUACGAAGGAGGCUGCUAACUCUCUGCUGAAAAUUGAAGGGUCCCUAGACUUGUCUCCGGAUGUUGCCGCACUCCUUGGCCCGCUGGCAUCCCCGAACGCGCGAAAAUCGCUCCAACGCUUGACCUACCUCUAUGAAGCUGCCCUCACUCAGUUCCCUGGCUCGUUCAAGUUAUGGAAAUCUUAUCUGCAAACACGUAUGUCUUAUGUUCUUGGGCGAUUGAUCGUCAGGAAGAAGGCUGGAGGCAAGAAGAAGUUCCCGGAGAUGCGGGAGGCCUUGGAGGAUGAGAAGGAGGACCUUGAACGGUGGGAAGGUGGUCUCGAUGGCGUAAUCGGCUGGGAAGAAUGGAAGGCUCUUGUCGCUACGUUUGAAAGGGCUCUCAUGUGGCUACCAAAGAUGCCGCGUUUGUGGCUGUUGUACCUGUCUAUCUUCGACCACCCAUUUUGUCCUCCACAAAUCUCACACAUUCAUGCUCGUCGCACCUAUGACCGUGCUUUCAGGACACUACCACCCUCUCUGCACUCGCGCAUCUGGGUCCGCUAUCUGCUCUGGGCAGAGAGCAAGGGCGGUGCUACUACUGUUGCGGUGUACCGCAGGUACCUUGCAGUCGACCCCAGUAUAACCGAGCAUUAUACAGCCCUCCUGCUCUCGCCCGAGAAUCCAGCACCUCGUCCGCUGGAGGCUGCUAAACUGUUGUUAUCAUUGGCGAGGAAAGCUGCUAAGGGCGAUUACACCAGCCCGGAGGGCAAGAGCCCGUACCAGCUGCUGUGCGAAUGGCUUGAGGUUGUAGAGCAGUAUGCCGAAGAAGUCGGAAUGGACGUUGACGAUACCAUCAAUUCCAACGCAGCCAUUGCCGAUGCCAAGAAGGAGCAGGAGUCAUCCGCUGCGCUGCCUCCGGAGCCCGCCAAGCUAGAGGGACGCCUUAUUCGAUUCGCGGGUCCUGCGGUUGCUGUCGACGGCGACGGUAAGGUACUACCGCCUUACGAUGAGGACGAGGAUCCCAUUAGCCCACGAAAACUUAACAUCGAGAAUAUAAUCAAGUCAGACGGCUUGGAAGUCUACAAGGACCAGGCAGGCCGUUUGUGGACCGGCUUAGCAACAUAUUGGAUCAAGCGUGGCGAAUUUGACCGCGCGAAGAAGACCUUCGAGGAUGGCAUGGCUUCCGUGCUCGCCAUUCGGGAUUUCACCCAGAUCUUUGACGCAUACGCCGAAUUCUCCGAGAGCCUGAUUAGCGCGUUAAUGGAGAGCAUAGCAAACCCGGAUGAAGAUGAAGACGAGGAGGAUGUCGCGGCCACUGAGGCAGAACUCGACGCGAAAAUGAGGGAGUUCGAGGAGCUCAUGGACCGCAGACCCUUCCUCGUCAACGACGUACUCCUCAGACGUAAUUCGAACGACGUACAGGAGUGGGAGAAGCGUGUUGCAUUAUGGGGCGAGAACGACGAGAAGGUGGCUGAGACCUACACCCAGGCUCUCUCGACCGUUAAUCCCAAGCGUGCGACUGCUAAUUUCCACCGCUUGUAUAUCAACUUCGCGAAGUUCUACGAGGAGGGCGGUACCAUCGGCCAGGCUGAGCCUGACUUGGACAGUGCACGAAAGGUCCUUGAGAAAGCCACCAAGAUCAACUUCAAGUCCGUCGAUGAACUUGCUGAGGUCUGGUGCGAGUGGGCUGAGCUGGAAAUCCGCCAUGAAAACUUUGACGAGGCGAUCAGGGUAAUGCAGAGGGCAUCUGCUGUGCCAACAAACACAAAGAUCAACUACCAUGAUCAUGCACUCCCCGUGCAAGCACGUCUGUUCAAAUCGCUCAAGCUCUGGUCAUUCUACGUCGAUCUGGAAGAGUCACUAGGGACCGUUGAAUCUGCGAAGGCCAUAUAUGACAAAAUCCUCGAGCUGCGGAUAGCGAAUGCGCAAGUCAUCGUCAACUACGCAGCUUUCCUAGAGGAAAACAAGUACUUUGAGGAGAGUUUCAAGGUCUACGAGCGUGGUAUAGAACUCUUCACAUACCCUGUCUCGUUCGAGAUCUGGAACAUCUAUCUCGUCAAGUUCGUGAAGCGAUAUGGCGGCGAAAAAGUCGAGCGCACGCGAGACCUCUUCGAGCAAGCAUUGGAGAAGUGUCCACCGAAGAAUUGCAAACCAGUGUUUCUCAUGUAUGCGCAAUUCGAAGAGGAGCAUGGGCUCGCCAAGCGCGCUAUGGCCAUUUACGACCGGGCAACGCAAGUGGUCAACGAUGAGGACAAAUUCGAGAUUCGCAAGCUAUUCACUAUCUAUAUCGCGAAAGCAGCCGAAAAUUACGGUCUCACUGCUACACGACCCAUCUACGAAAGCGCCCUCGAGAUUCUUCCCGACCGACAGACGGCCGAGAUGUGCCUGCGCUUCGCACAGAUGGAACGCAAGCUCGGUGAGAUCGACCGCGCCCGCGCCAUCUAUGCGCACGCAUCUCAAUUUUGCGACCCACGAAUUCACCAAAACUUCUGGGCCGAGUGGAACGCGUUCGAGAUCGAGACCGGCUCGGAGGACACUUUCCGCGAGAUGCUCCGCAUCAAACGCAGCGUCCAGGCCCAGUUCAAUACCGAGGUGUCGUACAUUGCUGCCCAGAUGGCUGCGAAGCAGACGAAUGGAGGUGGCGCCGAAGAAGUGCUACCUGCAGAUGCGAUGGCGGCAGCCGAGCGCCAAGCCGCUGAUGGGACAAAGGGUCCUGCGUUCGUCGCUGCAACGCAGAGCACGAACGUGCGGAUGCAAGAAGCUGAACCAGCCAAGGCUGGAAACGAGGAUGAGAUUCACAUUUCUGACGAUGAGGAUCCAUAGUUCCCAUACCUUGCGCUCGUUUCUUGCACUGUGCUUGAUGCCGCUCUAUCUUGUACUAUUCCAUCGCUCUAUCUCGACUUCACACAGAUCUUCCCACUGCGCAUCCCAACUACCUUCCUCAAGGGGCGGCUGAGCAACCCAACGGGCUAUUAAUUCCCGGGAGACUUCAAAGGACACUGAGUGACCUCGAAGAGUAUCUACGAUCUCCUUGUGCAUGAUGAGUGAACGAUGGUAAGCAAUGAGCAUAGAUGGGACGGAGAUGGCUUUCAAUCAUUUUGUUAGUCCUUUGAUAAAGAACACGCAUGGUAGCUCGCAUACCAAAUUUUUCUAACGACCAUGUAACCCAGAGCGGCUCCUGGACAAAUUGCCACCCCUUGGCUUUGUGCGCGUCUGCCAAAACACUCUCUAGCGAGUCGACCAAAUUGUUCAUCUUCUGAAAAUGCUUCUUCUGUGAAAGA